AUGUUCCGUGUCGGCGAGAGAGUGCCUCUAAAAGGAAAUCUUUCCAACUCCAUCGCAAUGUCCCGACGACGGAAAACUGGCAACAGGGUGGAAGAAGAGCUCCCUCUUUUGCUGGUGAAUGAAGAUGGCAGUAUUUCGUUUCCCUUUGCCAAUUUUUUGUUGGUGGGGAUUCUCUUGACCGCAUUGGGACGCUGGCUAUGGGGGGCGGGGAUUGCCGUGAUGGGUUUGACCUUUGCUGUGUGUCAUUCGGCCAUGGAUCAGAUGAUUUGUGUGAAGAAGACAAACAAUCAAUCCGAUACAACAUUCUGA